AUGGCAAUUUCUCCCCAAAAGCCUCAUGCAAUCUUGGUUAGUUAUCCUCUACAAGGCCAUGUAAUCCCAUCGGUCCAUUUGGCCAUCAAGCUUGCUUCAAGAGGUUUCACCAUCACCUUCAUCAACACUCAAUCCAUACAUAACAACAUUACAUCAGGAGAUAAAAACAUUAAUGGCCAAGGAGAUAUCUUUGCUGAAGUACGAAAAUCGGGACUCGAUAUUCGUUACACCACCGUGCCCGACGGCCUUCCUCUAGGGUUCGAUAGGUCACUCAAUCAUGACCAGUUCAUGGCUGCUUUGUUGCAUGUCUUCUCAGCUCAUGUUGAAGAGGAAGUUCAAAAGAUUGUCAAGUCUGGACCUCCUGUUAGUUAUUUGAUCGCUGAUACGUUCUUUGUAUGGCCUGGCAUGUUGGCUAAGAAAUAUGGACUUGUAUACAUUUCUCUUUGGACAGAGGCGGCUUUAGUUUUUUCAUUGUAUUAUCAUUUGGAUCUUUUGAGGCUCAAUGGCCACUUUGGUUGCAUAGACAUGCGUGAAGACCCCAUUGACUACAUUCCUGGUGUAAAACCAUUAGAACCCCUGGAUAUGCCAUCAUAUCUCCAAGAAAUGUACCCAACAUCAGUAUGUCACAAAAUUAUCUAUAAGGCAUUCAAGGAUGCACAAGAUGCAGAUUUUGUACUAUGUAACACAGUUGAAGAACUCGAGCCCGAGACCAUAUCUGCUCUACAGGAGAAACUUCCAAUUUUUCCAGUCGGACCCAUGUUUCCAUCAGGGUUCACCAAGAGUUGUGUGGCCACGAGCCUGUGGUCCGAGUCAGACUGCUCCCAUUGGCUAGACACCAAACCUCCUGGCUCAGUUUUGUAUGUUUCAUUCGGUAGCUAUGCUCACGUCCAAAAAAGGGAUUUGUUGGAAAUAGCAAAUGGUAUACAAGAAAGCAAUAUUAGUUUUGUUUGGGUGCUUCGACCUGAUAUUGUUAGCUCGGAGGAUCGUAAUCCGUUGCCUGAUGGAUUCAGAGCUGCGACCAGUGACCGAGCGAUGGUCAUACCUUGGUGUUGUCAAAUAAAUGUGUUAAGGCACCCUGCAAUUGGAGGGUUCUUGACUCAUUGUGGUUGGAAUUCAAUUUUGGAAAGCAUUUGGUGUGAAGUUCCAUUAUUAUGUUUUCCUUUGUAUACUGACCAGUUUACUAAUCGGAAACUAGUGGUGGAUGAUUGGAAGAUUGGAGCUAAUCUUUAUGAUAGAGUAUCUGUUACUCAGGUUGAAGUUUCGCAGAAGAUCAACCGUUUGAUGAGUAAGAAAUCAGGGGAUGAGUUCAGAAAUGCAAUCAAGGUAGUGAAAAAGACAUUAGAAAAGGCAUUAAAAGAAGAUGGAUCGUCAGAGAAAAAUAUGGACCGAUUUAUCAGAGAUUUGAAGAUCACUCUUGAGAAGAAAAACCAAACGCAGAAGGUUGUUAAUUAG